GUUUUUAAAUCAGUUGAAACUGAAUGAAGAUGUAUUUCCAUAUAUCUGUAAAUCUAAUUUUUAUUCGAAUGAACUAAGCAACUAAAUUUUAUUUAAGCUAACAAAAUUGAAAACUGUCACUGUAAGAGGAUGAAUGAAAAGUCCCAUCGCGUAGUUGUGUCCUUAACGGAUGCAAUGCACAAUUUGCCACGCAGCAUCCGAGAAAGUCUGCACGACUGUGAGCUCAACAUACUGGAUAAGAAUCGAUUGGUAAUGCGCAUGAGAGCUUCAGGCGGUGCCGAAAGUUGCUAUAAGGAAAUGCAAUUCGAUGCAGUUGGAUACGAAGAUGACGUUUAUGUGCGCAACGAGCUGAGCGAAAUCUUGGUGCAGUUGUUUCAACAUCAACGCAAUUGCUGCCUGUUGCGUUUGACGCCCCGUCGCACGCACAAUGUGAAGCUGAUGACACGUCUACUCUACUCGGAUGUUGACAAGGUGCUGGAGAAGCUGCCCAGCUACCAGCUGGUCGGCAUCAAUGUGGAGUAUCACGAUCUGCGCAAGUUCGACAUGAUCAACAUGCUGAGCACUGCGCAUCGUGGUCGUCUAAGUCGCCGGGAAAUGAAAACCACUCGCGAGAUGUUUCAGUGGCUGCACAACGAAUACAGCUCGGUGCGUGGACGAGGCACUGGGGAUGACUUUAUCAAUCUGGAGUUUGUGCUCUGUGCCGAGGGCGUCAAGCAAAUGCACGUGAAUCUGGCCAUCUUCAACAUAUUCGACUGCAAUGCCCGCGCGGAUAUUGGCAACUUUUUCAAGGAGUUGCCCAGCGGCAAGCUGUGCAAGAGCACACUGCUCACGGACUGCAUCAAGGAAUCGUUUGAUCGCAAUCGUCACAUCUACACGGUGGUGUUGUGUGAGAUGCCACUGGACAAGGAAUCGCCUCGAGAGAAGCACAAGUUUCUGCGGCUGGCAAAUGUGGCUUUUAUGAGCAAUGAGGCUGAGGCUUCCAAAGUGACAGCUAUGCAAGUGAAGCAUGCGUAUUCCACACAAUCACUGCACAGUGGUUCGAUGCGAAGUAGCAGCUCGCAAUUGCAACGUUCAUCGCGCACAAAGUAUCUGCGUUGUCGUCCUUUGAAUCUGUCGUUCGAUGAUCACAACAAGUUGGCUGCGUGGUAUAAACGCAUUGACAAGAAGUUUGCCGAAGUCAAGGUGUGCAUAGAGCGGCAUUAUAAUGUGAAGUAUCGCCAAAAGUUUCUCAAGAUCUGCAAGCAGCUGAAGAACUUUGCCUGGUUGCAGGACAAAAGCGGCGGCGAUGCUGGACGAUUGAUGCUGAAGCACAGCAUGCGAGAUGAAGCCAUCACCAGCAAAUAUAUCGAGACUCUGCGACAGUUUCGACAGCUGGAAAAGGAGGUGGAAAGAUCUCCCUUUGCCUGCACCUUGUCCACAUAUAUGAGCACCAAGAACUAUGCGCUGAUGAAUGCCGCGAAAGCGUUGCAGGUUCGAGAAAUUGCCAAUUUGCAAGAGCAGCGAAGUCGCAUCAAAAUUGGAAAUCCUUAAAACAUACAUAUUUCGAAAAUGAUGUGUGGAAAUUUUCAUUGUCAAGUUUUAUUUUUAUUAUGUUAUAGUAUAUUUAAUAUGCAAUGAGAGAGAAACACGAAAUAUUUGUGGUUUCAACGGGUAUACAUAUAAUAUAAUAUACAUAAAAUACAUAUUUAUAGUA